GCUUUCUCUUCAACCAAUUCACUCACUCGUUCAUAGCUGGAGAAGCCCGCCGAUACAGACAAUCCCAUCUAGCUACAUUAUCUUGACCUAAUACGAUGGACGUUGAAAAGAGCCUCGAUGAACGUAUCUCGGACCGCAAGGGAUCACGUCCUGCCGCAAACAGGGCUCCUCGACCCAGCCGUCCCGCCAGCAACGCUACCCCGUAUGCUCGACCGCCUCCUCGAUCUACCGACGGAGCCUGGACUCACGACAUGUACAAUCAGCGAGGAGGCCGACCUGCUGGAGGCGCUGGAUUCAGGCCUCGUGCUGCCGAGGGCAGGGAGACGAGGCUGUUGAUUUCUAACCUUCACUAUGAAGUCACCAAAGAUGAUCUGACCACCAUCUUCUCGAGAGCCGGAACCAUCGUUGAUGGCCCGAUCAUUCGCUACGAUCGAUCUGGACGUUCGACUGGGGUCGCUACUGUCAAUUACGAGAACAACAAGCAGGCCAAAGACGCCAUCAACCGGUUCGACGGUAACCUUGCUAAAGGGCAAGCAUUGAACAUAAGGUUUGACGACUAUCAGCCCCGUGCGACUGAACAGAUGUCCAAAGGGGGUAGCGACCUGUUGGGUAGGAUCGAAGGUGGUUCAAAGAUGCGCAGUGAUUCCGGAAACAACGAUCGGAGGUCAACGGGUCCCGCCCGAAAUGGGAACGCCGGGUCGGACUCUUGGGGCCGAGGAGCUACUCGGGCUCCCCGACCUUCUGGACCCGCACCUAGCCGAGGAGGUAGGUCUGAAAGGGGACCGAGGUCUGCGAGGGGUGACAAGCCUGCACCCAAGAGUCGCAAGCCUCUUAUGGCUGAGGACCUCGACAAGGAGCUCGAUACCUACCAUGCGCCUGCCACUACCGCUACUACCACCGCUACCGCCGCGCCGGCUGAUGGUGACGUAGAGAUGGCUUAGGGAAAACAAAUAGGGUGGAUUCGUGAACGUGUUUAUGCCUGGAAGGAAAGAGAAUUGUACAAGUUGCCCCAGUUCGGAGUACCCUAUGAUCUGUGUGGAUUGUGGUUCCUGUUUGCGUACCUCCAGCCUCGACUCGAUAGAUGUAUUUCUGAUUCCGUAGCUGACGUCACGGGACGACGUAAACGAGUUCGGGGACUGUUCGG